GACAUGAAAGUGAAGAAAAAAGAGCUCCAAGGAAUCAGCUAUUUUCUGUGAGUUUCUCUGUAUUACAUCACUUUUCAGUUUUCAAUAAGUUGUUCGCUUACAACUACCAAAAAUAGGAAAAAUCAUUGAUCAGUUGAAAAAAAUACAGUAUGUUUCAGAAUAGAAGAUUUUUACUAUUUAUUUUCAUAUCUCUGUCUUUAAAGUUUAGCACUUCUACCGACACCAUAACACUCCUGCAACCCUUACAAGAUGGUGAUAUUUUGGUCUCUAAUAAAGAAAACUUUGCACUAGGAUUCUUUAGCCCCCGAAAUUCGAGCAACAAAUAUGUUGGUAUUUGGUAUAACAAGGUUUCUGAGCAAACUGUCGUUUGGGUUGCUAAUAGAGACCGUCCGAUCACUAACUCAUCCGGUAUCCUAUCCGUCGAUGAAACAGGAAACAUGGUUUUACACGAUAAAGAUCAAAAGUUUGUGUUCUGGUCAACAAAUGUCACAAAUAUUGGAAAUUAUAGUGUUUCAGUGCAGUUGCUGGAUUCUGGGAAUUUGAUCCUGUUUCAAGACCGAAACAGAAACGCUUAUUCAUGGCAGAGUUUUGAUUAUCCAUCAAAUACUCUUCUUCCGGGUAUGAAGUUCGGGUUAGAUAAGAAAACGGGUUUGAACAGAGUAAUCACAUCUUGGAAGUCUAAUGGGAACCCAGGUGUUGGUGAGUAUGCAUAUAAGAUGGAGUUUGUUGGGUCCACUCAGCUGUAUUUGUACAAAGGUAAGACACGGGUUUGGCGAACUGGGUCAUGGACCGGGCACGGGUGGAGUGGUGUACCUGAGAUGACACAAAAUUUUAUAUUUAACGUUACAUACGUGAACAACAACGAUGAGGUUUACGUUGGUUAUCUUAUAAGAAAUUCGUCUAUCUUUUCUAGAUUAGUCAUUAACGAGUCCGGAAUUGUGGAAAGGCUAACUUGGCACGAGGCAGAUCGUAGGUGGAUUGGGUUCUGGUCUGCUCCAAAAGACCAAUGUGAUGGUUAUAAUGAGUGUGGCCCAUUUGGCUUUUGUGAUCUGUAUAAACCAGGUACUUUUGAGUGCAAUUGCCUCCCUGGUUACGAGCCUCAGUCACCACAAGAUUGGUACCUGAGGGACGGAACCAGAGGGUGUAAGAGAAAGGUGGGGGCUGAGAUAUGCCUGCCCGGAGCCGGGUUCGUCGAGCUGGCACGUGUGAAGAUACCCGACACAUCGACAACACGUGUGAACAUGAGUUUGGGAUUGGAAGCGUGUAAAGAGUCAUGCCAUAAGAAUUGCACGUGCGUGGGGUAUGCCGUGGCUGAUAUAAGCAAAGAGAUUGGAGGAUGUAUUACUUGGUAUAAGGACAUGAUUGAUACGAGGACGUUUUCGUAUGGGGGCCAAUCAUUAUACAUAAGGGUAGAUGCAGCUGAAUUAGCCAAAUACUCAUCAAAGAAGCCAAGUAACUCUCGCAGAAAGGCAUUACUAUAUGUGGGGAUGCCAUUGAUCGCAGUGGGGCUUGUCGUUUGCAUCUUCAUUCUCUUUUACAUCAAAAAGAAGAAAGCCAAUCGAAGAUCACGUGACGUAGGAGUUAGCUUUAUAAACAGUCUAAAAUCUGUGGAAGGGUCAUUCUUAGAGAAAGAUAUGGGUGAAAAUGUUGAUUUGCAUGUAUUCGAUAUGAGCACAAUAGUUGCAGCAACCGAUAAUUUCUCUCUUUCAAGUAAGCUUGGAGAAGGUGGCUUCGGCUCAGUUUAUAAGGGUACACUACUAAAUGGACAAGAAGUUGCCGUGAAAAGGUUAUCACAAAGCUCAGGUCAAGGGAUGCAUGAGUUCAAGAACGAAGUUACAUUGAUAGCGAAACUUCAACAUAGGAAUCUAGUGCGGCUUCUAGGAUAUUGUUUUCAUACAGAAGAGAAGAUGUUAGUCUAUGAAUACCUACCAAACAAAGGCUUGGAUUGUUUCAUCUUCGAUCAAGAAAAAGGGUCACUUUUAGAUUGGAAAAAAAGAUUCCAGAUCAUUAGAGGAAUUGUUCGUGGCUUGCUAUAUCUUCAUCAGGAUUCUAGGCUCAGGAUCAUCCACAGGGAUUUAAAAGCAAGCAACAUUUUGCUAGAUGCAGAUUUAAACCCCAAAAUUUCUGAUUUCGGAAUGGCAAAAAUAUUUGGAGGGGAUCAGGCAGAAGCUACAACACUUAGAGUUGUUGGAACAUACGGCUAUAUGUCUCCAGAGUACGCAAUGGAAGGCCUUUUUUCAGUGAAGUCUGAUGUUUAUAGUUUCGGAAUUCUAGUUCUGGAGAUAAUAAGUGGUAGAAAAAACAACAGUUAUUAUAUGGAGAGCUCGGUUAACUUGAUCGGACAUGUUUGGGACUUGUGGAAACAAGAUAGAGCACUAGAGGUAGUUGAUACAACAUUAUUAGGAGAUUCAUUUGAUGCCCAUGAAGUUCUGAGAUGCAUCCAUGUCGGGAUUCUGUGUGUUCAAGAACUAGCGAGUGAUCGACCAACAAUGACAGAUGUUGCAUUUAUGCUGAGUAAUCGUGAUACAAAUCUUCCUUCUCCUAAUCAGCCAGCUUUCAUAUUUAGAAAACUGAAUUAUGGUACCGACUCAACAACAGCAUCAAUCAGUGGUGGUGUUGGCUCUGUUUAUGAUGAGACCAUCACCAUCCUUCAUGCUCGGUGAGUUCAUGAUGUCUUAAAGAGAGACCCUCUGAACACAGAGUCACACAAAAACCUUUAUAACAAUCAAUUUGCAUAUCCAACUAAAGAUGUAAAAUACCGAUUUGGUUAAAAGAAAUUUGGUUAAUGGGUCAUUAGUAUGAGUAUAUAAACAAGCUAGUAUAUAAUUCGGGCCUUUCAAGCUUGAGCAAUAGGCCAACAACCCAUGUAUAUAGUAAUAAAAGAGAUUCCCUGCAUUUGGAUUAUGAAGUGCAUCACAAUGUUAAAUUUACAAAAGUCAUAUUACCUAUUCA